AUGACACCUGCGAUCGUAGCAGCCCUUCAGAAAUGCGAAGCCCUCACUCCAGAAACCUUCGCCAAACUCCAGCGUCCCUCUGAACCACCACUCCGAGAGCCCAGCACCGGCAAUCCCAUCACGCACAGCCAACUCAUAGACCUCUCAAAGCUCCUGAAGCAGCAUGCCUCCGACCUCGAGUCCGAUCCAUCGCACGCCGCCUACAUCCCUUUCCGUCUCCAAGACCUCCUCCGCGGCACAAAAGUCUACGUGCCCCCUCCGCCGCCUAAACCUGAACCUACGUCCGAAUACAAAGCUCUGAUGGCGCACCUGCGCAAGCAGGAAGAGGCACGCGCGUACGAGCGCAUGCUGAAUCCUGCACCUCAAACAGAGAUGUUCUCACAACGCUACCCGGUCACGCCGAAUGCGCGGUUUCACACAACGGCCAUCGACCAUGCAGAAGAGGAGGAUGAGGCGACAUACGCUGACGUCAACAGACAGCUAGCGCUCAUUGCGAAUGUGCUGAUAUCUAUUAUCGCGUGUAGUGUGGCUAUAUGGAUGGCGGCGAGGCAUUGGAGUGCGCCGACGAGGUUGGGGCUGAGUAUGACGGGGAGUGGGGUUGUUGCUGCAGCAGAGGUCGUUAUCUAUUCUGGAUAUAUUCGACGGGUGAGAGAGGCCAAGGCGACAGAGAAGGCAAAGGUAGAGGUCAAGGAGGUGGCCGAGUCGUGGAUUAUAGAAGGUAGUAAAGGUGCUGCUGAGAAGGUGAAGUUGAUACCCAAUGCUACUGCGCCAGACACCAAGGAUGGGCAGGUCAGGUUUCGACACGGGAAGCAGAAAUGA